UGACAUUUGCAUUUUGCUGUCAAAGCCACCCACCGAUUAUUUUUAUUGAGCCUUGCUUGUAAUUGUUGUGUGGUAUUUUGAAAAACAUUUCUUUGUGUACCUACUAAUAUUAUAUUUUAUCUAAUAAAUUUCAGUUCAAGUCACAGAGGACAUCUAUCUGUAGUGACUAACACCAAUAUUAUGUUGUGCGAUACAAUUUUCACCAGACUGUCCUAAAACCUAAGCCUAAAGUUGAAAUAUAAUAUAGCAGAGAAGAUAUUACAAAAUGUCUUUACUAGAUUUACCAAUUGAAGUUCUGCUUCAAAUUUUGUAUGACUUAGAGCUAACAGAUCUUCAUAAUCUCAUGCUUACAUGUAAAACUGCCAGAAAUAUCGUCAUAUCCAAUAACUCAAUUUGGAGGAAUAUUAUUAAGUGCUGGAAUCAAAUGAUUGUUCGUAACAGUACAGACAACAGUAAAAUCAAUACUCUUUCCAUAUAUAACCAAUUAAGGAUUUCAAACAACUGGCGUAAAGGAAUUUAUAAAAAUAAGGUUAUCAUUCAGCAUAACACAAAGUACAUGCCUUGGUUGUAUUUUCACAACUCUCAACUGAUUUUACUAUCUGUGGGAUCUGAAUUACAUUGUUAUGAAGUAGAUAGAAGAGGAACACUGCGUGGUGCCGCUCCUAUUUGGAAAUUUAAAGUGCCAACAGUUAAAAGGGGUGAUAUUCGCACAAAUGAUAUCUCUAGAUUUGUAAUGUCAGAAAAUAUUAUAUUUUGUGGAAAUAGAGAUGGCAGCUCUACUGUGGCUCUAUUGACACAUCCGAAAAAAAGACCAAAACCAUUAUAUUUCAUUUCCAACUGUCAAGAGAGCGGAAAAGUAGAAGUGUCAGCUGUAGAGUUGGUUGCUAACUCGGAAAAGGUCUGUGCCAUAACUGCCUCAAUGCAUAGCUCUAAACUAUUGUUGUGGAAUUUUAAUAAUGAAACAUACUAUGAUGAAAUAACUUCUUGGACAGACCCAUCAGAAAAUCCAUCAAAAUUUCUCACAGAAAUCGAAUUUCCCGAAGAUAUAGGAAUAAGGUGCCUCAGCCUGCAUAGUAGCAAGAGGAAAAUAGCAGCUGGCCUCAAUAGAAGUGUUAUACCUGUUUUGAUUGAUAUUGAAACGCGUAAAUUUUUGUACAAACCCCUAUUGGGUCGGUGUCAUAAGCUAUUAACUCGAGACAUUAGGUGGCAUGAUCCGAAUACGAUUAUAUAUGUAACAAACUAUGGCACGGUGCACUAUGUUGAUGUGCGGGCAAAGAGAGUGGUUCAUGAAAUGAUGGACCCAUUUCAAGCCUCAUGUUACUGCCUCAAAUCUGAUGGUGAUCGAGCAAUAAUUGUCGGCUCCUCAGAAUAUUCCCGCUGUGUUUUGUAUGACAUCAGAAAACAUGAUUCCCAUGUUCAAAUGUAUUUUACGCAAAAAAAGUCAUCUCCUGUGUACAGUUUGGAUUUUGAUUCCACUAAGCUUAUUGCUGCGGUAGAUCGUAGCGUAGCAGUCCUAGACUACAAUACCAGCUAUCGUGGAAUACGUGGAGUACGAGAUUAUUCUCACACUUUUGAAGUUAUUAAAUAGAUUAUUGACAUUUUUCAAAUUGCAUUUGUAAGUAGGUAUAG